UCGUCCGUCUCGCUUCCCAGUAUCCAAGGCAAUGAGGGUGGGUUUCCUCACGUCACAAUAAGGGCCACAUUUUCAGGAGUGCUCACUAUAUCUAUAGAAUGACCCGGAAGGCUUUUGAAGUUUUCCGACGCUAGAACCUCCAGAGCGUAAGGUAAUGGGGCGCUGACCAAUUGGCCGAGAGCUGAGUUGGACUUGUGGAGACCCGGAGCUGGAGCCGGACUUUUGCAGCUGUGGGCGCGUACGCUGAGGACAGUUUCUUUUUAGACGAUGACAACGUAUCUGGAGUUCAUUCAGCAGAAUGAAGAACGUGAUGGUGUGCGCUUCAGUUGGAACCUGUGGCCAUCCAGCCGUCUGGAGGCCACGCGAAUGGUGGUCCCUCUGGCGUGUCUCCUCACUCCGCUGAAGGAACGCCCGGACCUGCCUCCCGUGCAGUAUGAGCCUGUGGUUUGCAGCAGGCCCACCUGCAAAGCUGUCCUCAAUCCACUUUGUCAGGUUGAUUAUCAAGCAAAACUUUGGGCUUGUAAUUUCUGUUUCCAAAGAAACCAGUUCCCCCCUGCAUACGCAGGCAUCUCCGAAGUGAACCAGCCGGCCGAGCUCAUGGCGCAGUUCUCUACAAUUGAGUAUGUGGUACAGCGAGGUCCUCAGCUCCCUCUGAUCUUCCUCUACGUGGUGGACACGUGCCUAGAGGACGAUGACCUCCAGGCCCUCCAAGAGUCCCUACAGAUGUCCCUGAGCCUCCUUCCCCCAGAGACCCUGGUGGGCCUCAUCACUUUCGGCAGGAUGGUGCAGGUUCACGAGCUGAGCUGUGAGGGAAUCUCCAAAAGUUACGUCUUCCGCGGGACCAAGGAUUUAACUGCAAAGCAAAUACAGGACAUGCUCGGCCUAUCCAAGCCAGCCAUGCCCACGCAGCAGACAAGACCUGUGCAGCCGCAGGAGCAGGCUUUUGUUUCCAGCAGGUUUCUACAGCCCAUUCACAAGAUCGACAUGACCUUCACGGAUCUCCUUGGGGAGCUGCAGAGGGACCCAUGGCCAGUCACACAGGGAAAGAGGCCUCUGCGAUCCACAGGGGUCGCAUUGUCCAUUGCAGUUGGCUUGCUGGAGGUUACUUUUCCAAACACGGGAGCCAGGAUCAUGCUGUUCACCGGGGGACCCCCCACGCAGGGCCCCGGCAUGGUGGUUGGAGAUGAGUUAAAGGUUCCCAUUCGUUCCUGGCAUGAUAUUGAGAAAGAUAAUGCGCGCUUCAUGAAAAAGGCCAUGAAGCACUAUGAGAUGCUUGCUAAUCGAACUGCUGCAAAUGGUCACUGCAUUGACAUUUACGCCUGUGCCCUUGAUCAGACUGGGCUUUUGGAGAUGAAGUGUUGUACAAAUCUUACUGGAGGCCACAUGGUGAUGGGAGAUUCAUUCAACACCUCCCUGUUCAAGCAGACCUUCCAAAGGAUUUUUAGCAAAGAUUUUAACGGAGAUUUCCGAAUGGCAUUUGGUGCUACUUUGGAAGUAAAGACCUCUCGGGAGCUGAAGGUUGCAGGAGCCAUUGGCCCAUGUGUGUCUCUGAACGCGAAGGGGUCGUGUGUGUCAGAAAACGAAAUUGGUGUGGGUGGCACGAGUCAGUGGAAGAUCUGCAGCCUGGACCCCACGUCAACCCUUGGCAUCUACUUUGAAGUCAUCAAUCAACCCAGCGCCCCGAUCCCGCAGGGAAGCAGAGGUGCCAUCCAGUUUGUCACACAGUAUCAGCACUCCAGCACCCAGAAGCGCAUCCGUGUAACCACCAUUGCUCGGAAUUGGGCAGAUGUGCAGAGCCAGCUCCAGCUCAUAGAGGCUGCGUUUGAUCAAGAGGCCGCAGCAGUCCUGAUGGCACGGCUUGGCGUGUUCCGGGCGGAGUCGGAGGAGGGCCCUGACGUGCUCCGGUGGCUGGACCGGCAGCUCAUCCGAUUGUGCCAGAAGUUUGGACAGUAUAACAAAGAAGAUCCCACCUCUUUCAGGCUCUCAGAUGCCUUUUCUUUGUAUCCUCAGUUCAUGUUCCACCUCCGAAGGUCGCCAUUCCUGCAGGUGUUUAACAACAGUCCUGACGAGUCCUCCUACUACAGGCACCACUUUGCACGGCAGGACCUGACCCAGUCACUCAUCAUGAUCCAACCCAUCCUCUACUCCUACUCCUUCCAUGGCCCCCCAGAGCCGGUGCUCUUGGACAGCAGCAGCAUUCUGGCUGACAGAAUCUUACUGAUGGACACCUUCUUCCAGAUUGUCAUUUAUCUUGGCGAGACCAUAGCUCAGUGGCAGAAGGCCGGCUACCAGGACAUGCCUGAGUAUGAGAACUUCAAGCACCUGCUGCAGGCUCCGCUGGACGACGCGCAGGAGAUCUUGCAGGCGCGCUUCCCCAUGCCACGCUAUGUGCACACGGAGCACGGUGGCAGCCAGGCUCGGUUCCUUUUGUCCAAAGUGAACCCGUCUCAGACGCACAAUAACCUGUAUCCCUGGGGACAGGAAACCGGAGCUCCCAUCCUCACUGAUGACGUUAGCCUGCAAGUGUUCAUGGACCACCUGAAGAAGCUGGCUGUUUCCAGUGCCUGUUAGGUGGGACCCUGUCUAGGUGCCCCCCAUUGUUUAUAAAGGCUUUGUGAUCCUUUUCACUUUCCUGGCCGCUUUUACUAAGUAAUCAAAGCAAACUUUGUCUGUGUGUCUGCAGGUUAUAAUUUAUUUGUAUACCUGUGUAUGUCCCUUUUCUGUACCAUAAAAUCAAAAGAUCAUAAAUGUUUUAGUAGAUGUUUAUGUACUUUUUUGUUGUAACUUUGAGCCUUUGUGAAAUCAGAGAUGAUAGUUCUUGGCAGCUUAUUUAGAUGCAGGUCUGAAGGCUCUUCAAGGAAAUAAAACUGGACGAGGAAAGUGCUGGCUGAUCCUGCUGAGGCACAUUUGGGGGUCUGAGAUCCCUGUGUGUGUUCAGGCCACGUGACCUCCUGAACUUAAUCGUCAUGCUCUGUCUGAACACUGGGUGACCGAGGAGGAAUAAGACAUGUGUACAGUUCUGUUGGGGCAGAGGAGGUUGGGGCCGGACUCCCAAUUGACUGGCCUGUCUACAAUCCAGCCCGUGACAUCCACAGCAGCCGACAGCCCGAGUAACUCCAACACUGACAAUGCAUGCGCCUUGGGCAUCAGGAAAAUAACUUGUUCAGGUGCUUUUUUAAAAAUCCAAGUGAUAAGUACAUAUGGUCAGAGCAAACACCUUAUCCUGGGACGCUUAUAAACCGUGCCUUUCUCUUCCUGAUCCUAGAACUGCACUCAGCAGCUCCUUCCACGUUUUUGUUAUUUUGUAGUUUUGUUGUUGAAGUUUUAGCCAGUAUCUUUGAAUUUCUAUUUAUAGAAUGAGGAUAUUGCAACCUUCUUUCCACCCCUCAGUUUUUAUAUUAUUUUUAUAUUAUCAAGAUUGGUACAAUUUAUAUUUUAGCCUAUAACCUAUAAUUAUAUUUUUGUCUGUUGAUUGUGAAAGCUUAAUAAAGUACAUUUACACAAC